CAAAUCAAAAUUGAAUAGUGAAUCGGGUUUGAUCAUCUGGCCCAGUUGAUCGAAUAUUUCCUAUCGAGAGUCGAAAGUAAACGAAGUCUCAUCCAGAGCCGGAGCCAGACCCAAUCUUAACUCUCUCAAGCUCACAACGCCGAUAGAGAGAGAGAUUGUCCCCACCGUCCGUCCCUGUCGAAUCAAGAAGCCCAUUACCAAAGGUCAAUCAUCACCCCGUUGAAGGAAAAGAAAACAAAGAACGGCCUUUUUUUCCAGACCGCUCCAUUAAAAGUUCCCACGAAACCCAGGCACCGAUUUGAUCCAUUACAGUUCUCCAUUGUGCCCUGAGAGAGAGAGAGAGAGAGGUCAUUCUCGGAGCCGUAAGAUCAUCAUUCUCAAAACUCUCGGAAAAACCCUAUUACCUGUUUGUGUAAAUGUCUGUGAGAAGAUAACAUCGUCAUCGUUUUGGUAACUAUGAUCAACACCAACAACGCCUCCAUGCUGCCGUCGUCGUCAUCAUCGGCGGCAACCAACGCGCAGUCGCCGACUCUCAAGACGUAUUUCAAGACCCCAGAAGGCCGUUAUAGGCUUCAUUACGAGAAGACCCACCCGCCAGGUCUUCUUCACUACGCUCAUGGCAGGACCCUCACUCAGGAAAUCUAUACAUUGGUAACCCUAGCUUCUCUCAAGGAUAAGCCAACACAGACUCCACUAUCAACAUCAUCAAGCAUGAGUGUUAGCAGUGGUGUGAGAUCAGCGGCAGCUAGGUUCUUAGGUGGUGGGAAUGGGAGUCGGGCACUUAGUUUUGGUGGAGGCAAUGGUGGGAGUAAGUCUGUAAAUGUGAGUAGCAGAGUUGGGUCUCUGGCUUCAUCAAGCUCCAAUAGUGGGAUGAGUACUUCAAACUUUGAUGGCAAGGGAACUUAUUUGGUGUUCAAUGUUGGGGAUGCAAUUUUCAUUAGUGAUUUGAAUUCUCCAGAUAAGGAGCCUAUAAAGUGUAUAAACUUUGGCAAUUCAAAUCCUGUUUGCCAUGCAUUUGACCCAGAUGCUAGGGAUGGGCAUGAUUUGCUUAUUGGGUUGGCAUCUGGAGAUGUCUAUUCGGCGUCAAUAAGACAACAAUUACAAGAUUCUGGAAAGAAGCUUGUUGGAGCACAGCAUUAUAACAAAGAUGGCUGUGUUGAUAAUAGUCGUUGUACAAGCAUUGCUUGGGUUCCUAAUGGGGAUGGCGCUUUUGUUGUUGCUCAUGCAGAUGGGAACUUCUAUGUGUAUGAAAAGAAUAAAGAUGGUUCAGGAGAUCCAUCAUUUUCUGUUAUUAAGGAUCAAACUCAAUUUUCUGUUGCACAUGCACGUUACAGUAAGAACCCAGUAGCUAGAUGGCAUAUUUGCCAAGGUUCAAUCAAUAGUGUAGCUUUUUCAACUGAAGGGACCUACAUUGCAACUGUUGGCAGGGAUGGUUAUCUACGGGUAUUUGACUAUAAUAAUGAACAACUGAUUUGUGGUGGGAAAAGCUAUUAUGGUGCUCUAUUAUGUUGUGCUUGGAGCAAGGAUGGAAAAUACAUUUUGACUGGAGGUGAAGAUGAUCUAGUUCAAGUUUGGAGCAUGGAAGAUCGGAAGGUUGUAGCAUGGGGUGAGGGACACAACUCUUGGGGUGGCAGGUCAGCGGAGUUGCUUUUGAUUCCUUCUGGUCAUCUCCAAAUUCAGACGACUCAAGUCAAAACAUUGUGUUCCGAUUUGGUUCUGUUGGACAGGACGCACAAUUGCUUUUGUGGGACCUGGAGAUGGACGAGAUUGUUGUGCCACUACGCCGAGCACCUGGUGGUUCUCCCACAUUCAGCAGUGGUAGCCAGUCAUCUCAUUGGGACAGUGCUCAUCCAUUGGGUACUCUGCAACCUGCUCCUAGCAUGCGAGAUGUUCCAAAGCUCUCCCCGAUGGUUGCGCAUCGUGUUCACACCGAACCUCUCUCUGGUUUGCUAUUUACUCAGGAAUCCGUUGUUACUGUGUGCAGGGAGGGACACAUUAAGAUCUGGACAAGACCUGGGUUUCCUGAAAGCCAAUCAAACAACUCUGAUCCUGUGUUAAGCACCAGUUUGAAGGAGAAACAAUUGCUUUCUGGAAAAGUAGGCAGUUCUACUUACAAGUGAUGAAAAUGGUCAUUAGAAGUGAGACACAGCCAAUCUCAUCGUUAUGGCGUUGCAUUUCUAUAGGUUCUGAUCAGUCCCUGCCUUUCAUCUGGUUGGUUUGCUCGGAAUGGCAAAGCCUUUCAGACACGAGACUGAAAACGGCACCCCUUUCAUGUCCACAGAUGAAAACGGCCUUUUAAUGGCGCGGCAAGAGGUUCAGAAGAGACAUCUCUCCCACCUUGUAACUAUUUACAUAGCUGCCUACUUGAUAAUAGAUGACUGCAGAAUAAUAAAAGUUUCUGUUCCAAAUGUAUAAUCCUUCGGGUUUUGUUUUUAUUGACCCUUCUUCCUUUGAAAUUGCCUAGAUCUUUUGCCUUUUUGUUUAAUUUUCUCUUUCUUGGAAUUGGAAUUGGAUUGUAAGGGUGUGUACUUCCAUUUAGAUUUGUCUACCAAAUAUUGACAUGGUCUACAGUAAUUAUCAGGCAAUUGAUCAUGUGAGCUUUAGGAGAUUA